AUGAUCGACCACCAGGCGCUAGUAACAAUUUUGGACCGUUACACCUUGGACGCGGUCGAAAAUCCAAAAUUGCAACGCCUAAAGGAGCGGCUGAUGCCUUACGUCUUCACAACCGUGUGGAGGAAGGGGCGGGAUCACGCGAUUCCGGACGCAUUGUCACGCGCUCCAGUGAACGACCCUGGACCAGAGGAUGAGGCGGCCAAUAAUGACGUUCAAGCAUUUGCUCGGACCAUGACGCUGAGGCGGGUAGCAGCCAUCACCGCCACAAGCUCGGACGACGACGAUCAAUCUGAACCGUCGCUCGAUUCACCGUCCGUACGCAGGGACAUGGUGAUCGACAGCCUACGCGAGGUAGCAGCAGCUGACGCAGCGUAUUGGGAACUCAUAGCCGCCGUCGAAUCCGGAUUCUCCGCUCGUCGCGACAUGACCGCCACAUCCAUGCGGCAAUACUGGACGAUUCGGCAGGAAUUAUCUGUGGACGACGGCCUGGUGCUUUUCGGAAAGCGCAUCAUCAUACCCCAACGCUCCCGCCACGACAUCCUCGCGAAACUUCACGUCGCCCACCAGGGGAUCGUGAUAAUGAAAAGACGAGCUCGUCAAACGAUCUACUGGCCCGGCCUAAACAACGAUAUAAUAACGAUGGUCGAGCGCUGCCAGGCCUGCCAAGAACGGCUCCCGUCUCAACAACGGGAGCCCCUCCUCCGCGACGUCCUACCGGAGCGCGUCUUUGAGGAAGUAACGGCGGACCUGUUUGAAUCUGGCCGCCUGCACGUGCUGGUUUAUACCGACCGUCUAUCGGGAUGGCCGGUCAUCCACCGUUGGCAUCAUGCAUCGACUGCACGCGAAUUAAUUCAGGCAGUAACCGGAAAUUUUGUCGACCUUGGCGUCCCUACUCGAUUCAGGAGCGACGGCGGCCCACAAUUUGCAGCUAACGCAUUUCAGAACGCGCUACGGAAUUGGGGCGUGGAAUGGCAGAAUUCGUGGCUGUAUUACGCCCAAAGCAAUGGCCGUGCCGAGGCCGAAGUGGACGCCAUGAAACGCUUGGUGGAAAAAAAUUGCUCCUGCCGGGGAUCUCAACUCCGACGAAUUCCUCCAAGGCCUACUCGAAUUCAGGAACACGCCAAGAGAAAACGGGAUGUCCCCCGCUGA